GUUUUUGCUCAGUUAAAGAAGCCAAUCAGAGACUUGUCGAGUUAGAUGCAGUAUCAGCAUGAGCUUGAUGCAAAAUUAACUUUAAAAAGUUAAUUAUAAAAGAAUUCAAAACCAUUAUAAAUGACUUUUUCUAUAGUAUAAAAAGAUUAUCAGUUGUGCAAAAUGAUAAUUUAAAUAUAAAAUCAAACUAAAACAACUAGAUCUAUGGUUAGUCUAAUAUGAAAAAAAGGAAGGCUUCUUACAUGUCUCUGUCUUCAUCUCCCAAAAUUCCCAUGUUCUUCGAAAGGCAAUGCUCCUCCUCCAUUCAUCUCUAUCAUCAUCUGUAACAUGCUGCUAAUCCAUCUCAAUCUUCGAACAUUUCUGUACAUUAUUCUCCUCGGAUAAACCAUCAAGAUCAACACAUCAAUACAUGUAUGUGUGAUUUAUGAUAUAUCUGAUGUUACAACAUAAGUGCAACAAGAAUUGCAGGGGAGUAUAUAUGAAUCGAUGGACUCACCUGCCAGCAAUAACGCGUCCCGCGUUUGUUCUAUUAUGGAUCAUUCAAAUUCUAAGGGACUCUGGUUUGGAGACAACCCUCUUAUGUUCUAUGUUCCUUCACUUCUGCUGCACCUCUCUCUUGUUAAUAUUCUCACCAAGUGCAUUCACUUUUUUCUCAAGCCUCUUGGCCAACCUACCAUCAUUUCUCAGACUCUGGCUGGUGUUGUUCUAGGUCCAUCGAUACUCGGGCAGAGUACAACAUUCUUAUCAAAUGUGUUUCCUAAGGAAACUCGGAUAGUACUAGAGACGACUGCAGCUUUUGGCUUCAUGCUCUUUAUAUUCCUAAUUGGGGUUAAAGUAGAUCCAAUGAUGGUUUAUAGAACAGGGAAGCAACCUUUGAUUAUAGGAAUUCUGGGGUUCUUUAUUCCUUAUGGACUUGCUAGUUUCGUUGCAUUUCUCCUCCAGAGGUACGCGUAUCUGGACCGUGACACCUUUGAUGGGAUACCAUUUAUUGUUGCAGUGAUGUCUAUGACAGCAUUUCCAGUAGUUACUUGCUUUCUGGAUGACCUUAAGAUCCUUAACUCAGAAAUUGGACGUUUAGCAUCUUCAUCUUCUAUCAUCUGUGAUGUAUGCAAUUGGGCUGUCAUGGUGACUAAUUAUACUGUUAGGCUAGCUGAUAAGACCAGAUCAUUCAGGAUAACCAUAGGAUCUGUUUUCUCCACUCUAUUGUAUCUGUUUACCAUUGUCUAUGGAAUCCGUCCUGCAGCAUUGUGGGCAGUAAGACGUACCCCGGAAGGGAGGCCUGUGAAGGAGCUAUACAUAUUUCUUGUUCUUGUUACUCUUAUGAUCUGUGGUUUUAUCGGUGAACUUAUUGGAAUUACUGCUUUUGGUGCCUCCUUGGCCUUGGGAUUGGUUAUACCCGAUGGACCGCCACUGGGAGCUGCAUUAACUGAGAAACUUGAUAGCUUUGUUGAAGUAUUCAUGCCACUGUUUUUCGUUGUUUCUGGAUUACAGACGGAUGUUUUUGCCAUAAAGCAGAUGGACAAUGUAGGAGCUAUUCAAUUGCUUGCAUGUGCUUCAUUUGUUGGAAAGGUUCUGGGGACUAUAUUGCCCCCUCUUUGCUGCAGGAUGCCAAUCCGCGACGCCCUUUCUCUUGCUCUUAUCAUGAACACGAAAGGCAUAGCUGAACUUGGUUUCAUGAUCCAGAUGAAACAUAUGAAUCAAUUGACAGCAGAACCAUAUACCAUUAUGGUAAUCUCAGUGGUGGUUAUAACAGGAGUAAUUUCGCCUAUCGUGAAAUUCCUAUAUGAUCCUUCAAGAAGGUACCUUGCCUACAGGAGGAGGACUAUCUUGCACCUCAGACGAAACGAAGAGCUUCGUGUACUUACUUGCCUACACUCUCCAGAAAAUGUCCAGGCAGUCAUAAGCCUCCUCCAGGCAUCUAAUCCAACAAAAGAGAGCCCAAUUAAUCUUGUGGUUCUCCACCUUGUCAAGCUCAUUGGUCGCGCCAGUUCUCUACUAGUCCCAUACAGGCAACGCGAAAAGCCUUCAUCAAAACGUUCAGAAUCAGAACAAAUAUUCUCUGCAUUCAGAAAGUAUGAACAACUCAACCAUGGCAGUGUAUUUGUAAACAAUACUUUUAAAGGAAUUUCGCCUUAUGCAACAAUGCACGACGAUGUCUGCUCCCUCGCCCUUGAAAAAAGAUCAAUUCUCAUCAUCCUCCCUUUUCACAAGCAGUGGAUAUAUGGGGAAACAGUAGAAACCUCUCAUGCAUUCAGGAACUUGAACAAAAAGGUCUUGGAUAAGGCUCCUUGCUCUGUCGGGGUCCUUCUUGAUCGCGUAAAACAGAAGAACCCCAGAUACGUAUUGUCAGAGCAGUUGUUACAGAAAGUAGCUGUUCUCUUCUUUGGGGGUCCUGAUGAUAGAGAAGCCCUGUCAUACGGCCAAAGAAUGUCAAGAAACUCUACUAUCGAGCUCCAUUUAGUCCGAUUCAUUACUUCAACUUCACAAAACAUCGUGGGAGGGAAAGAACGAAGCAAGAUGCUAGACGAUAACAUCUUGAGUGACUACAAGCACAACACUAUGAGCUCUAAACGUGUUUCGUACCAAGAGGAGGUGGUGUCAAGUGGUAAGGAUGUGGUUUCAUCAACAAGAUCAGUAGGUGUUUCUCAUGACCUUGUCUUGGUUGGUAGGCGACACGGGGAGUCACUCCUAAUGUAUCAGCUAAAGAAGUGGAGGGACAAGGGAGAGUUAGGGGAAGUCGGAGAAAUACUUGCUUAUCCUGAAUACAAUUGUGAGGCUUCUGUUCUGGUAAUGCAACAGCAGACCAAACUAUGGGGAUUGCAAGACCCCGAGGAGUCGACACACUUAAGAAAAUGUGAUUUGUAGCAUAAUUCUCUAACUUGUACACUUGUAGAAAGAUUCUGCCAAACAUAAACAACCAGAAAUCAAGCUUUUGGUCUAAAAAUAUACAAGUGAUGAAGCUCUCAAUACA